UUGAAACCUCACCAUUUUCAGACUUGCUCCUUCCUGCGCUGAUAAAAUUCAGUAAAAUAGCAAUACUCCGUACUGCAUUACUUUUGAAACGCAAUGUUGCGGUGCAGCAAGGUCUUUUCAACUCUCUUAAACUAUUCCUUAGCCUUAAUUUGCCUGUCUACCGUUUUGAGCAUUAUUUGGAAAAUCAUUCAUGGAGACGGGAAUUUUGUUUUGAAUGAAAAAAACACCAAGGCGCAGCGAAUCAUGCUACCCGAAGCAAUCGACUUCAUGGCGACGUGGAAUUCGACCAGACGGUCCAUUUUUUUCAUUGAGACUUCAAAAACAGGGACUUUAAAUGCUCGGCAGGCGUGCGCUAUCGAGUCCACGGCAAGGAACAACCCCAACUCUAAUAUUUUCCUCAUUCUGCUGGACCCACCUGAAAAUCCGAUCCUGAUGAAGCAAGAAAUGGUGCAAUCCGUUUUCAGAUUCCACAAAAACAUCCAGGUGCUAACGACCACUACGGAUGAGUUCUUAAAAAACUCGCCUGUUGAAAAUUUGAAGGACCUAAUGUGGGAGAGCAAAUUUGCGACAGCGCACACAAGCGACGUCACAAGAGUAUUGACUGCCCUAAGAUUUGGUGGAAUAUAUCUCGACCUAGACUUUAUCAUUCAGCGUUCUUUAGAAGAACUGCCAUUGAACUGGGUGACCAUCCAGGACAAGGAGUUCUGCGCGAGUGGAGCAUUUGGAUUAGAGAAGGGGAGUCGAAUUGCCAGAGAAAUGUUAGAGUACUUGAGUAAAUCGUAUAGCACUGUUGAUUACACCAAAAACGGCCCCAAUUCCUUCACGCGAAUGCUGGAGCGCGAAUGUGGCGUUGAAUACGCAAAAGUGCCCACCGAUGGAAGAUGCCGCGACCUUGUAAUCAUUCCACCCGAAGGUUUUCACGCCGUACCAUGGAACAAUUGGACAAAAUUCUAUAUCCCGGAGGCGGCUCCUGAGGUCAUGAAAACGGUCAAUCAGAGCUUUGGCGUGCAUUUUUGGAACUCUCUCAGCCAAAGGGCUCUCGUUCAAGUUGGAUCGGACCAGGCUUACAGCCGCUUGGCCAGAGAGCACUGCCCUAGGUCCUACUGGAACUGCGACAUCUUUUGAUAUUAUGGCUGUUUAUUAUGUGUUAACGAAAAUACAAAUGAAUUAAAAUAA